GCAGAUGUCACUCAAGACAAGGAGGCUCCGCCCUUCUCAAGAUGGCGCUAUACGCAAUGCGGAAGGCGCGUGGGUGCUGGAGAUUCAUCCGGGCACUUCAUACAGGACCCGAAGCUACGCCCGCUCCCCAGAAGGAUGGCGUGAAGCGCGUGUUCUCCGGCAUUCAGCCCACCGGGAUCCCCCACCUCGGCAAUUACCUGGGCGCCAUCGAGAGCUGGGUGCGAUUGCAGAGCGAGCACAGCUCUGUGCUCUACAGCAUUGUUGAUCUACACUCCAUCACUGUCCCGCAAGACCCGGCCGUCCUUCGGCAGAGCAUCUGGGACAUGACUGCUGCUCUUCUUGCCUGUGGCAUAAACCCAGAGAAGAGCGUCCUUUUCCAACAAUCUCAGGUGUCUGAACACACCCAGUUAAGUUGGAUCCUUACCUGCAUGAUCAGACUACCCCGCUUACAACACUUACACCAGUGGAAGGCAAAGACUGCCAAGCAGAAGCACAAUGGAACUAUGGGUUUACUCACGUACCCAGUGCUCCAGGCAGCUGACGUGCUGUUGUACAAGUCCACACACGUUCCUGUUGGGGAGGAUCAAAUCCAGCACAUGGAGCUCAUCCAGGAUCUCGCUCGAGGGUUUAACAAGAAGUACGGGGAGUUCUUCCCGGUCCCCAAGUCCAUACUAACCUCAAUGAAGAAGGUCAAAUCCCUCCGUGAUCCUUCUGCCAAAAUGUCAAAAUCAGACCCUGACAAACUGGCCACCGUCAGGAUCACAGACAGCCCGGAGGAGAUAGUGCAGAAGUUCCGCAAGGCUGUGACGGAUUUCACCUCCGAGGUCACCUACGACCCGGCCCGCCGUGGGGGCGUCUCCAACUUGGUUGCCAUUCACUCUGCAGUGACAGGACUCCCAGUGGAGGAGGUGGUCCGCCAGAGUGCUGGUAUCAACACGGCUCGCUACAAGCUGGUGGUGGCGGAUGCUGUGAUUGAGAAAUUUGCUCCAAUUAGGAGCGAAAUGGCAAAACUGAAGAUGGACCAGGGCCACUUACAGAAGGUUUUACAAGCUGGGUCAGCAAAAGCCAAGGAAUUGGCAUAUCCUGUGUGCCAGGAGGUGAAGGAGUUGGUGGGGUUUCUAUAGGACGUUUCAGCGCAUCUCAAAAGAGGCUUUUGUAUUCUGUGGUCUGUGCACUCCGAUAAAGGCAGCUUUCCUCACAGGCAAAACAACAACAACAAAACAACAACGAUCGUUUGGGGACAUUUGAUUUGGUGUGCCUGAUUUUUGGCUUCCUUUGAUGAAAAAUGCUUUGUAGCCUUCAAACAGAGCAACGUUCUGAAUCCCCUCAGCAAAAUGCUGUGGCCAGAAAAAAAGAAAAAAAAAUCAAAGACGUCAUAGCUGUCCCAAUCCUCAGUUUUUGAGGUUCGCUCCUUGGCUUGAAUUGAUCCACUCAGAUGUGACACAGGUGAGCAGUAAUUGGCAAAUGGGGGAAUCAUUUGUGUCUCUCAAGCAUAUAUUGUCACAGGUGGACACUUUAUCCUAACCCUUUUCUAGAAAUAUGCAGAGGUCUUAGAAUUAUCAUCCUUGGGAUACCAUUUGGACCAAUUUGUGUUCAGAUCUCAUUGAAAAAUUUAUUAUUAUAGUUUGUUUGUUGCUGAGAUGGGGCCUGCCUUAAUCUUUUAAAACUGCUUAACUUAUUUCCCAAGAGACCACAUUGACUGUUUCAGCAAGUUUUGUUUCUUUUUUUUUAAUUUAGAACUACAUGAUAGAACCUUUUGAGAAGGUUGCAUUAUUUCAACGUGAUUUAUUCAUUGUACAAGAACCCAAUUUCCUGGAUUAUGUUCUUAAUAAGUACUUCCUUGCAUUCUUCUGUCAGUCUAAUCUCCCUAACCCCCUGUGAAAUAUAUAGGAGACGAAUUGCCAUUUUAUCCCUGAGGAAAGUGAGGCUCAGAAGUACAGUUAGCUUCGACAGUAUCCCUCAGUAAGUGAGAAGCAAAUCCAGGAUCAAAACCUUUUCUCCUUAUUCCUAAAAGCAGUGCUUUUGUGAUCAGCACAAAACCCUGAGAGGCAGCAUGUCUGAGACUCCAAACAGGCUUAUUUUAACGGUGGGUACUGGAAAUACAAGACCUGAACUACCGAUACUGUUUAUAUCAGAAAUACACUGUUUAUAUCAACCGCUAGCUGCCUGCUUUACAUCUGGAUUCAGCCCACCUCAGUCACAUUUCCUCCACAAAACCCCCAAGGCAGGUCCCAAGUUCAGUGUCCCAAGCUUAUUGCAGAGAUUCUUCUAGGAUUCUCUGCCAGACUCCUACAGUCGUGAGGCCGACAAAUCAGAUUUUCCCAGUGCAUGGAAGCUUUUCAUCUCACCCCACCUCAGGCUCUAAGUAAGAACAAGUCACUGUGAAACCUAGCUUCUCAGCACUUCCAUUUUCCACACCUGAAAAUGGAAGUGGUAACCCUGACUUACCAGGACCUGUCAGCAAAACUGAUUUUAUAAGAGAAAUUGCUUAUCAUUUUUUUUUUUUGCCAAUGAGUAUAAUGAUUGUUGUUUAUACGUAAAAGACUAGUAUGUUGGGCAAAGAAUUUUUACUCGUGUGUCUUAAGAGAAGGAAGUAGAGUGGUCCUUGUACCAAUAGAUAAAAAUCCACAAAAUACCACGUGGCAGGAUCCAAACUGAAAAACCCUUUUGGGGGAACAUUUUUUGGAACGGGGUCUCUAUAGUCUUAGAGCCUUUUGGGGCAUAUUUCUUCCAAGGCUCUUUGCUUUUACUUUCAAAGGAAACCUAUUAUGAAUACUGAAAAAUGACAAAAUUAAAGAUGGACCUAUCAAACUA